CUUCAGAAAAAGAAUUUAAAAAAAAAAAAAAAAAAAACCUUCCUUUUUCUGCAGCUCUAUCCAAAGCGGCGGUGGCACAAGGUGGGUUCCUCAAUCUUUACCUCACAACUUGUUGUUUAGUUGUUUCCAUGGUGGCGCAAAUUGGGAAUUGAUGGGUUCAUGUUCAUGUCGGUAAUAUGCUUACUUGGGUGCAGUUUGCUCCGCAGCAAAGCGCACUCCCAACAGCAAUGCUUGUUUAUGUUGUAUUCUGCUGCUUCUUCCGCAUUGAUGUAUGAAGACCAAGUGUUUGAUGAAAGUCCGAAAAUUGAUGCCAAUUUUGGGCUGAGUAGGUCAACACUCCGAGUUCCCGGAACAAGGAGAGAAUUGUUUCCUUUAGUGGUUAGGGUGUUUAAGUCCUUGAAUUGGAGGGUUGCAAGGGAAAUAAGGUUUGGUAGUUGGGUUGAGAGUCAUGGGUUUUCUCAUUCAAUCAAUUCCUUUAGGAUUAUCAUUCACACAUUUGCUGUGGUGGGGAUGCACUGUGAAGUGUUUGCUUUGCUUAGAGAUGUCGUUGGAUACUGUAACGAGGCCAAGUACGAUGCUUUCAAAUUAUUUUCAGAUUUGCUGGAUUCACCCCACCAUGUGGAAAGAUCCAUUGUUGUGUUUGAUAUGCUCAUAAAAGUAUUUGCAUCCAACUCUAUGCUUGAAAAUGCUCUUGAUGUGUAUAUGAGUGCUAAGCAUGUUGGGAUUGAACCUGAUAUAUUGUCUUGCAAUUUCUUGUUGAAAUGCUUGGUAGAAGCUAAUAGAGUGGAGUUUGUAAGAUGUUAUUUUGAGGAGUUGAAAGACUCUGGUCCGUCGCCAAAUAUCUACACGUAUACAAUUAUGAUGAAGUUUUAUUGUAGAGAUGUUGGGCAGGGUGCAGAUAUUAGACGGACUACUGAGAUUUUAGGAAAAAUAUAUAGGAGUGGGGAAAACCCAAAUGUUGUCACAUAUAGUACUUAUAUUCAUGGACUUUGUAAAGUUGGUUCCGUUGAGGUUGCUCUGAAGUUAAUUCGAAACUUGUGCUAUAAAAACCAGCCUCUGAAUAACCAUUGUUUUAAUGCUGUAAUUUAUGGAUUUUGUCAAAGAGGUGCAGUACAUGAAGCUUUGGAAGUUUUGGAAGAAAUGAAGAGCUCCGGGAUAAUUCCUGAUGUUUAUAGCUACAGCAUUUUAAUUGAUGCAUUCUGCAAGAAAGGGGAUGUAGUGAAAGGUCUUGACUUUAUGAAGGAAAUGGAACUCUACCAGAUAAAACCAUCCAUUGUUAGCUAUACCUCCCUCAUCCGUGGUCUAUGCAAGAAUAAGCUGAUGCAAAGCUCUGUGGAUAUCUUUCGUAGUAUUGGUGCUUCUGGUCACAAAUAUGAUCAGACUGUCUAUGAAACGUUAAUUGAUGGAUUUUGCAUGCAAGGUGAUAUGGAUUCAGCUAUCAAGCUUUUGGAGGAGAUGACCAGCAAUGAUUUGGUACCUACAGCUUUUAGUUUCCGCUGUCUAAUUAGGGGAUUCUACAAACUAGGACUCUUUGAUAAGGCAUUGGAAAUUUUUAAUAUCAUGCUACAGGAUGAUAUCUGGCCAGAUACUAUUGCUUGCAAUUAUGUUCUUAAUGGAUACUGCAGGGCAGGUCACUUCAAAGAAGCCUUGACACUGUUGGAAGAAUUCCAAGACCAUGGAAUUAACCUCAACUCACAUUCAUAUAAUGCGAUUAUCUACAGGCUUUGCAGAGAAAGUUACCCAGAAAGAGCAUUGGAGCUCCUGCCCAGAAUGUUUAAAAGGAAUGUACUUCCUGGAGUCGUGAAUUAUAGUACUCUUAUCUCUGGCUUUGCCAAACAGUCAAAUUUUAAAAAGGCUGUGAUGUUAUUCACUCGAAUGGUAAAAGUAGGGAUCACUUUUAACACCAUCACAUAUACAAUUCUUAUUAACAUAUUUAGCCGUAGUUGCAAAAUGUGUGAAGCAUAUGGUAUUUUAAAGGAAAUGAAAGAAAGGGGUUUGCAUCCAGAUCAGAUUUCAUAUACAUCUUUAAUAGCUGGCUUUUGUAAUACUAGAGAAAUGAAAAAGGCCUGGGCAUUAUUUGAAGAAAUGUUGAAGGAAGGCUGUUUGCCUAAUGUAAUUACUUAUACUUGUUUGAUUGAUGGAUUUUGCAAGUCAAACCGGAUAGAUUUGGCCUCCUGGCUGUUUGAUAAAAUGAACAGGGAUGCAGUUAUUCCUGAUGUUGUAACUUACACUGUCCUUAUUUCUUGGUACCAUAAGCAUGGGUGCAUAGAUCAGGCACAUAGAAUAUAUGACGAAAUGAAGGCAAAGGGUAUUUUGCCAGAUGAUAUAACUCAUAAGGUUCUGGGUCUGAAUGGUGCAAUUCAAGAAGGUUAGGUAGCUGUAUAAAAGCUUCCAUGAUAUCCGGCUGUGAUCCAAAGAAGACAUAUUGAGUGUUAAAGAGAAUCAAACUUG